UUUCCGCCCUUACUGCAAUAAAAUCUGCUAGAGUCUGAAAAGAAUUGUCCCGGCCGGUAUUCCUUCUUUCUGUUUUUGGGUUCCUUCCGUAUUUUUGGCAGGCUGAAACCGAGCAUCUAAAAACAAAUUCAAACAGUUGAAGCUACUUUAUGUUUAGCCUUCAAACUAUCCUCUGUCCAAACCAAAACUUGCGUCUGGUUAGUUUCUGGGUAUCCUAUUGCUUGCCAAUAUAAAAGGUGGCUGUGGACAUCUCAAAUAUCAUCAUCUUCUUCGUUGACAAAGAUGGCUCGUGGUCUCAUUGCCAUUUGUCUCAUCACUUUGCUAGCCUGUUCAUCUGUGGAAGGUCGAGGCCUAGAACUAGCACAUUUAAAUGGAGCUGAACAUCAGUCCGUGGGGGAUCAUGUUCACGGAGUUGUAGAAAAUGUGACAGUGGGUGGAUUCAACCUUCAGUUAAAUUUAAGCAACCCUAAACUUGUUGAAGAACUGAAAAUUAAACGAUCAGACUUUCCAUCCGAUUUUAUGUUUGGAGCCGCCACUUCUGCUGCACAGAGCGAAGGGUCAGCCAAAGAAGGAGGGAGAGGACCAAGUGGUUGGGAUCAUCGCAUGGAAACACUCCAAGGUUUACAUAACCUUAACAAGUGAUCUUAUCUUCAUAAUUUUUCCAUUCGGAAUAAUGAUCAUAUUGGAAGUGAUGUAUUGGACGUGAUGGAAGUGAGUAAUGUAUUUGACGUGAUGGAAGUGAUGUACCGUCACUUUUCCUUUGUUCCUCACUUUUCCUUUGUUCCUUAAUUUCUUGUAAUUAUA